AUUACAUCACUAUCCAUUAUAUCACCAUCCAUCACAUCACCAUCCAUCACAAGCUCAUCCAUUACAUCACCAUCCAUCACAUCACCAUCCAUCACAAGCUCAUCCAUUAGAUCACCAUCCAUCACAUCACCAUCCAUCACAAGCUCAUCCAUUACAUCACCAUCCAUCACAUCACCAUCCAUCACAAGCUCAUCCAUUAGAUCACCAUCCAUCACAUCACCAUCCAUCACAAGCUCAUCCAUUAUAUCACCAUCCAUCACAUCACCAUCCAUCACAAGCUCAUCCAUUACAUCACCAUCCAUCACAUCACCAUCCAUCACAAGCUCAUCCAUUAUAUCACCAUCCAUCACAUCACCAUCCAUCACAAGCUCAUCCAUUAUAUCACCAUCCAUCGCAUCACCAUCCAUCACAACCUCAUCCGUUACAUCUCCAUUCUAUUAGUGAACGUAUACAAACAUAUUUCUCUACUUCUGUCAUCGCCACGCAUUUCUCCACCCGACGUGUGGCGCCGAUUCUGUUGUGCGCUCUGAUUCUGUUGUUCCGUUUUUUGAACCAUCCUACCAUUACAAACUUUUUCACUUUGCUGAUAACCUAGGCUCCUUAUUCUUGUGAAAUUAAACAUGUUAAUGAAAUAAAUAAUUAUCAACUUACACCUAAACAAACAAGCUAAAAGUAUUAGAAAUAAAA